CUCCGGUGGCUGGAUCCGUGACGUUUCGCUUGUGAGGUCACUCAGGUCAGUAGCCCGGUCCGGCCGUGCCGUGCGUGAGCCAUCCCUGUUGGCUGCUGCUGCUGCUGUUAAGUGCUAUGCUUUGCUAACAUGGUUACUAGGGCAUCCAUACCAUUCCAAUUUUGGCGAUUGCAGAAAUGACAGGGAAUAAGAAAAAAAAGCACGUUGCAAUCAUUGGUUUAGAAAAAAAAAAGCAAUGGCCAAUGGGCUCUGCGUACGUAGUGUUACGGAGGCGGCAGAUUGGAAUCGCGCGGGCCUGUCACUGCCACGAACGAAAGCUAUCUGCUGCCCUCCAUGCCAGGGCACACUGACUGACGCUUCCAGGACCAGGAUCUACACAAGAUAGACAAGACAAGUACCCAUCAGGCAAGGCCUUCAGCCCAGCAAAGGUGGCCAAGCCAUUUUUUUCUCAACAAAACUAGUGAUGUUUGGUUCUUUAUAAGGUUUUGACUAAAGUUUAGCCUGUGUUUACAUCCAAUAUUCGAAUGCCAAUAACAAGGGUUUAAUAUAGUCUAAUUACAAACUAAUAACAAGGGGAAAAACAAAGCUCUUAAAAAGAUACGUUUUUAUAGAGAGUCGAGAAGGAGCUUAGGGCCCACGAUCCCAGGCCGAUGUUCACCCAGUACAAAUGUACAACCCUUGUCCUCCUCCUUGGCCCAUCGUCAAUCUUCACCAAAGCCGCCUCGUCUGGAUCUCUCUCACUCCUUUCGCGCACAAGGUUUUCAAUGGCAUUGACCGGUAGAACACGUGCCCGGACGCCAAUUAUCUCGCCCUUUCAGAUUUGAGAACAACAAGGAGGAAAAGUAAACGCAAGUUCAGGAAAGGGGAGCCUCAAAAGGAGAGGGAGAGUGAGAGGGAGGGGAAGUGCGCUGCAGUGCUGCGCAGCUGCGCUGGGGAGAAGAGAAGAAGGUGCCAACCACUUCCCAAGGAGACCGCCAGCUCUGCUGCUGCACGACCGACCAGCCCGUCCACUCGCCUCGCCUUCCUCCGAGCCCCGGCGAGGAAGAGGAACCCGGCGCCGCCGGACGCACUUCCGAUGGCGACGCCACGGAAGCCGAUCAAGCUCACGCUGCCGUCCCACGAGACCACCAUCGGCAAGUUCCUGACGCACAGCGGGACGUUCACGGACGGGGAUCUGCGCGUCAACAAGGACGGCCUCCGCAUCGUCUCGCGGAGGGAGGGAGGCGAGGCUCCUCCUAUAGAGCCGUUGGAUAGUCAACUGAGCUUAGAUGAUCUAGACGUUAUAAAAGUGAUCGGGAAAGGUAGCAGCGGAAAUGUGCAAUUGGUCCGCCACAAAUUUACUGGCCAGUUUUUUGCUCUGAAGGUUAUUCAACUAAAUAUUGAUGAGAGUAUACGCAAACAGAUUGCCAAGGAGUUGAAGAUAAACUUAUCAACACAGUGCCAAUAUGUUGUUGUGUUCUAUCAGUGUUUCUAUUUCAAUGGUGCCAUUUCUAUUGUUUUGGAAUACAUGGAUGGUGGCUCCCUUGCAGAUUUCCUGAAGACUGUUAAAACCAUUCCAGAGGCCUACCUCGCUGCUAUCUGUACGCAGAUGCUAAAAGGACUGAUCUAUUUGCAUAACGAGAAGCGCGUUAUACACCGAGAUCUGAAACCAUCAAAUAUAUUGAUAAAUCAUAGGGGUGAAGUAAAAAUAUCAGAUUUUGGUGUGAGUGCCAUUAUAUCUAGUUCCUCUUCGCAACGAGAUACAUUUAUUGGCACACGCAACUACAUGGCGCCAGAAAGAAUCGAUGGAAAGAAACAUGGUUCUAUGAGUGAUAUCUGGAGUUUGGGACUAGUGAUACUGGAAUGUGCAACCGGCAUCUUUCCAUUUCCUCCUUGUGAAAGCUUCUACGAACUUCUCGUGGCUGUUGUUGAUCAACCGCCACCUUCUGCGCCGCCGGAUCAGUUUUCACCAGAAUUCUGUGGGUUCAUUUCUGCAUGUCUCCAGAAGGAUGCUAAUGACAGGUCAUCAGCCCAAGCCUUAUUGGACCAUCCGUUCCUGAGCAUGUAUGAUGACCUGCAUGUAGAUCUUGCUUCGUACUUCACGACAGCAGGAUCUCCUCUCGCCACCUUCAAGUCGGUGAUUGGCUCCAUCACUUUACAUAUAUGACAUACAUGUACAGCCUUUUAGGAUAAAAAUGAGCACUGAAGUUUUGCCUAUCUGUAUAUCGGCAGCAAACGUUUGGUCAUGUUUGUUUCACCUUGUAAUGUAUUGACUCAGAUAUGGGAUUGGUCAUUGUCUCAUUUGGUGUAUGAGUCAAGUCCAGAUUUUCUUGUA